CCAGGGACAGCUGUUGAGAGAAACGCUAACGUUUAGCUAAAAUGUAUCAGUGUUUUUAACUGUUUUGAUACAUAAUUUUAUUUUUUAACUUGCCUAUGGCACAACACAAACUUCGCCAUUCAGUUGUCAGUUUGUAAAGGGGAUGAAAAGGCUCAAGAGGAAGAAACAAACCGCGGGAGUUGGAGUGAUUGAGAAUGGUUUUGUCUCAAGAGAACCAGACUGUGGGAGGAAACAGAAGUUGGCUGAGAUCCAUCAAGCUUUGAUCAGUGAUCCAGUGGACAUUGAGACUCUGAGGAGAGCAGCAGCCAGUAAGGGAGGACUACUCACUGAUGAACUGAGGAGGAAAGUCUGGCCCAAACUACUGAACAUCAAUGUGUACGAUCUACCACAUAAACCUGGUCGAGAUGUGAGGGAGAACCACAAGGACUACAACCAAGUGGUCCUUGAUGUCAGGAGGUCCAUGAAGCGGUUCCCUAAAAGUAUGCCAGCUGCAGAGAGAGCUGUGCUUCAGGAGCAGCUGAUUGACAUCAUACUGGAGGUUUUGAAACGCACUCCUCAGCUCCAUUACUACCAAGGCUACCACGAUGUGGCCGUCACUCUGCUGCUGGUAGUUGGGGAGCGGAUGGCCAUCGCCAUGCUGGACACUCUGUCCAAUCACCAUCUCAGGGAUUUCAUGGAUCCAACCAUGGACAGCACUAAACACAUUUUGAACUACCUGAUGCCUAUAUUGGAGCAGGUCGAUACAGAACUACAUGACUUCAUGAACAGAGCGGAGGUGGGAACCAUCUUCGCACUGUCCUGGCUCAUCACAUGGUACGGCCACGUGCUUUCAGACUUCAAACACACCAUGAGACUCUACGACUUCUUCCUGGCCUCGCACCCACUGAUGCCCAUCUACCUCGCCGCCACGAUCGUUUUGCACAGAGAGAGGGAGGUAAAGAAGACGGAGUGUGACAUGGCCAUGGUCCACCACCUCCUCUCCCGCAUUCCGCAGGACCUCCCAUACGAACUUCUGAUUGGCCGAGCCCAGGACCUGUUCAGCCACUACCCUCCAUCUCUACUGGCCAAGCGAGCGGCGCUGCAGUCUCGCAAGAGUUUGUCCAUGAGCACCUUCCAGGCAUUUCAGAUCUCCACCCUCCACCAGAGGCCUGACUCUAUUCUGCAACGCCUCACCAAGGCCCAGGGCUCCACCACCUCCAGACACGCCCCUCGACACUCAGGUCUGGAAGCAGCUUUGCCCCGAGACAGAGGCCAGCUGUGGGGGAAGGGGAACAGGAUGGUGAAGAUGGCAGUGUGGGGGCUGUCCGCUACGCUCGGGGCGGCCGUGUUCGCUGUGGCUCAGACAGCUAUGGACUGGGGACCCGAGGUGUUACUACAACUGUUCUGACGUGACGGUGGGGACUUGGACUGUUAGACCCACACAUUAACACAUGGUGACAGUAGACACACAUCGGCUCUUCAGAUGGAUUCACUAUAAACGAACAUACACACUCAAACAAAGACGUUGAAGACUUGAAGCUCGUCUCUCCUGCUGAGAGGAAACAUUGGAGAAAAAAGCAGGAGGAGGUCAGUUAUUUUAGUGCCAAACAGGUUGUUGCUAUUCAACUACAAUGAACAUAUGUUAGCCACUAGCCAGCCUCGGGGUGUGUGCAUGCGUGUGCGCGGUUGUAUGUGUGUUGCAUGUUUUUGAGCGGGUAUUCCAUCCAGACCUCAUAUCACACAUAAACAAGGAUGGAUAACUGUAAGGGCCCACUGGGUCCCCUGACCUUUUGAGCCCCUGGGCCCAAGUGUGAAGUGAUAGAAACAUUUCUUUAUGAAAAGUCAAGUGAACGAGACCGAAAAUAACCAAAGAAGAAUCACAAGACACAAAACAACCAAAGACAGGUGCAAAAUUACCACAGAGAGAUGCAAAAAGACUACAAACAGAUGUAAGACAAUCACAGAUUGACGUAAAACGACCACAGAGAGAUGCAAAAAGACUGCAGACAGACAAAGUGAGUGCACAGAGAUAUAUAAAGACUACAAAGAGAUGCAAAAAAACUACAAAGUGACAAAAUGACUACAUAGAUACUUAAAAUUACCACACAUGCAAAGGCUUCACAAAGACACAACUUGACUAUAAAGAGUCAUAAAACGACCACAGAGAGAUGCAAAAUGACCUUCAAAGAGACAAAGUGAGCACAUAGCGAUGCAUAAAAACUACAAAACGAUACCAAACACAGGCAGAUGCGAAAGGACUACAAAGAGACACGAAAUGUCUGUGAGAUGUGGAAAAAGACAACAAAGAGACACAAAAUUACCACAGACAGUAGAGCUGCAAUGAUUAGGAGAUUAGUGUCAACUAUUAAAUUAAUCACAGACUAAUUUUAUAAUGGAAUUGGUUUGAGAAAUGUUUUUAAGAAAAAAAAGUCAAAAUUCUCUGAUUUCAGCUUCUUAAAUAUGAAUAUUUUCUUUGCUCCUCUACUACAGUAUACUGAAUAUCUUUUGGUUUUGGACCAAACAAGACAUUUAAGAACAUCAUUUUGACAUUUUUAUAGGCCAAACAACUAAUCAAAUAAUUGAGAACAUGAUUGACAUAUUGAUUAACAAUGAAAAUAAUUGUUUUGUGCAGUCUUGCCAUGGAUGCAAAAAGUGUCUCCUGGUCUGGAGGUCUUGCUCCUGUGCAGUAGGACAAGUGGUGGGGGGGGGUGGGGGUCACUAGUUUGUGCCCAGGGGCCCAUUGUCUCAGUAACCAUCCAUGCAUGUGUGACACUAACACAUCUUGCCUUCUCAGGCUGUUGCUCACACGGUGCCGUUGGUGUAACAUUUUACACGUGUCGCUGUGUGUUUGCAGUUAGCUGAUUAUUUCUGCUGAUAACUCGGUUUUAGACUGUCAUGCUUGUUUCGUUGCAUUUCCGUUGAUGGUGUUUUAGCGCGCUUGUUGGAUCAGCAUCCAUAUCUGGGAGCCAAAAGUGCCCGUAGCCAGCACAAUGACACAUGAAUACAAAUUAUUAAAGAGCGGUGUUUUCUGUGAGUGGAGAAGGAAAGCGGGAGAGAAAUGGGAAACAUGGAGGGAGAGAUUUUGCCUGUGAGCUACUGGUAUUAAUUGCUUCACUCCAGGUGUCAGCCAGUUACAUUUACGGAAGAGUUUGAUACCCAAAAAAAUGAGCUUCUGCUGCCCCAAAAUGUGAACAUUGCAGAUCAGUUUGCACGCAAUGCAAGCAGUGGGCAUUGUGCAAAUGCAUUCUGCUAGGGGUAUUGAAAUACGAAUUUUUUAAUGUGGUAUUUUUCCGUAGCAGUUUUCUGGCUGUUGUGGCCUACCACUGUUGAACGAAUAUAGAAAAGACAGCACUACUUUUACAUUCUUAAAAUAUUUAGCAGGUUUGCGUCAACAUCCACCCUGAACAGCCGUCCACAGAACUACAUGGACUCACUUCUUCUACAUCACAUUUCUUUUCAGCAUUUUACAGCUGCCGCGAUUAUUUUAACAUAUGUGAAGAUGAAAUUUGUAUUUUCUAUUAGUGGAGGAAGUUAACUACCUGCUGCACCACACAGCCUGUAGUUAUUGUUGAACCAAACAUAAUUAUUGAGUUUCAGCGCCUGAAAAGUGAAUAUUAAUAAUUGAGGCUGUUUCCAACUGAGGUAUACAUAUGUACAGCACACUGGGUUUCUCCAAACAGCAAUGCAUGCACUGUGUGUCGACUUUUAUUCUGAAAUAUUUAGUAGCUUUUUACUAGCAUGCUGCUGUGUUGCAUCUGUUAACACAACUUCACCGGAGUCACAACACACUCAUCCAUCCUCUUCCUCCGUCAUCACAUAUAAAUGUGUGGCUUCUUUGCACAGUCGGAUUGAAUGUGAAGUUAUCCUGUUGAUUAUAGUUGCUUUGCAGCGCAUGAAUUCAACUGGUUUGUGCUUUGUUGUGAAUGAAAUUGCAGUAUGUUUUGUACAAAUCUAGCCUGUAGCCUCAGGCUGUUUGAGAAGGUAAUUAACAAGACAGUCUAUUGAUCUGUCACUCCAAGUAGGCAUUCUUUAGAUAAUGGCAAUUAUUGCGAUUUUAAUUGGUGAUAAUCAGUCAGUCAUUUUAUUAGAGAGUCAAAAAAUCGUUCAAAGGCCUGUUACUCAGGUGGGCGGCUGGCCUGCGGGCCAAUUCAGACAUCAAGUCGGUCUGUGGUGGCUGUUUGAAUAGCCUCUGCAUGUUCCGCUUUUCAGUUUGACAAGCUGUACAUCUUGUAAAACAUCACAUGUGUAUGUGUGCAGUGAUUAAAUGUAAUAAGUGUGUGUGUGUGUGUGUGUGUGUAUGUGUGAGAGAUGGCAAAUGUUGACUUUAGUCACAGGUCAGUUUAUUUUUUUUUUCCUUUUAACUCGCUGGGCAUCUUCUGCUUUUUAUUACAUUUUUUUUUGUUUUGGUAUUUGAAGUAUAAACUGUCACCAGUCUAAAUAUUUAUUUUAAGAUCAGCAAUCUGAUUGGCUAUUUAUAUAAUAAUGAAUCUGUUAAUUGGAUUUUAUGAAUGUGUAUUUAAAAUGAAUAUGUGGGGCAUUAAAAAAAAAGGUUAAUAAGGUUUGUAAGCAUCACCAUUGUGGGGUUUUUAUUUUUAAAGGUGAUCCAGUUAAUUUACUUAUAAAAUGCUGCAUCUGGUCAGUCAGUAUGAAUCAGACUAGAAGUAAAAGAAAAGUUUGAGAUUAUUGGAAACACGCUUCAUUGCGUUCUUGCUGAGAGAAGAUUGUUACCGCUCAUGUCUAAAUGAAAGGCCACUAAAUAAGAAGCUACAGCCAGUAGCUAGUUAGCUUAGCACAGAGUAAAAAUGAGGGGGAACAGCUAGCCAGGCUCUCUCCAAAUAUAACAAAGCACCUCUUCAGUUUACUCGUUAUAUCUAUAGAUGGAUUACUGAAAGGCCCGAUGGGCAUGGCCCAGGGGCACAAAAUAUCAGCGGGGGCCCUGGCCUUUACCCGCAAAAGGUAUCUAAAAUGAAUUAUACUGAAAGAAAGAGACUCAAAAAAACUACAGAGAUACAGAGGAACCACAGAGACUCCAACAGACCAAAAACGAUACAAGCUACUGACUCUGCUGGAGUAUUUCUUGUCCAGUAGAAGUCUGUUUGUUAAACUUAAAAUCUUCUCAUCUAACUUUCAGCAAGAAAGCAAAUAAGCUUAUUUUCCAAAUCUCUCCAGCUAGUCCUUUAAAUGUUUGGCUUAGAUCACUUGUUAGAUUAAAAUAGCAAUAAAAAUAGACAUUACAAAGGGAACGUUUAUUGUCUUGUGAUGUGCAUGGUUGGCAUUGAUGUGCAUCCUGCUCCUCUUACACAAACAGCUCAUUCUGCAGAGAAGUUAAUUCUGUUAUCUCUGGCUGCACUUUUUAAAGUGACUGUAUGUAAUUGUGCAUCUAUAGUCUGACACUUGGAAACAGGUUAAAAGGUUGGUUAAAACAAUUUUUAAAAGACGUUUUUUUUUGCAUGUAAUCUUUGUUUACACUUGAUCAGCUGCCUAAGACAUAAAUAUGCAGGGAAAAACCCUUUGACCAGUCAGUGUGUGAUCAUCAAACAUAGCUCAAGUUGCCACUUCGUUGUAGUAUUAUUAGUACCAUGUAGACCUGCACACACACACACACACGCUCAUAUAGUGAGAGAGUGGUGGUGGUGCCAGAUCAUAAUGAGGAUUUAAUUCCUGCCCCUGGCUCUUGGCGUGCUCAAGACACUUUCUUCUUGUCUUUUUUUCUUUCUUCUCGCUUUCACACUCAAACACCUACACAAACACCUGCACUGGUGUCAGCCUGGCAGAGGCCUUCGAUGAAAAAUGAUUGAAG